GUAGUGUAGUUCCGAUUGGACCCCUAGGCUGGGAACCCCCAUACAAUGCGGGGGCAACCCUAAAAGACACACACACAAAAAAAUAAAUAAAAGCAAAAAGCUUGUGAAAAUAAGAUUAAUAUUAUUCUGAUAUUAAGAGGCUAAUUGUACCAACAAAAAAAAAAGAAGGUGCCAGAUUUGAGCAGAACAGAGAGCACCCAGAGAUGCACCACCCCCCCAUGCUGCCCAAGCGGGGAGCACCCGGGCAGGCGGCGCUCUCAACCCUGAGAGCUGGAAGGCCUAAAGCCCGGGCUCUCCUCCCCUCCCCUGCCCUCUGCUCCCCUGGGCUCCUGACCCCUCCCAGCCCCUCCCUUCGCCUUCAGCACCUUUGCCCAGCGGCGCUGACGCGGACGCUGCCUCCGCUGCAGACCUGGCCAGAGGCUGGGGCUGGAUCCCGGCGGCCAUGUUGUCCCCGCUGUCCCUCCCCUCCUGGCUCCCCAGCCUCCCCUCCCUCGAGUGGGGCUCCAGCCUCCUCGACGCCCUCCUGCAAGGUGAGCACCUCCCGCGGCCCCGCGGCCCCGCACCGUCCCAGGGUCCCCGUGGCGCAGUGCGGGGCGCACCCCACCACGUGGGCCUCCCCCGCCGCGUCCGCCCCCUCCUCUAACCUCCCAAGCCACCUACCCUCCCUCCUGCCCCCGCCAGGCCUCAUCGGGGCCUGCGGAGUCUCGGUCUUAAGCAACCUCCUGAAGGUCUACUUCUUCGUGGGCUGUGCCAAUGACCCGAAGCGGCAGCUGGAAAAGGAGCGGCUGCGGGCCCAGUGGGCCUUGCUGGAGACCGUGCACCUGGCAGGGCUGGCCCUGAUCCUGACCAUCGUGGGGGCCCGGGUGGCUGCCCUUGUGGUGCUCGAGUUCUCCCUCCGGGCUGUCUCCAUGCUGCUUUCCCUGGACAAGGGCUCCCGGGGCCCCGAGAAGCUGCAGCUGUACCUACUGUGCCAGUACUCGCUGGGCUGUGGGCUGACCUGCGGCCUGAGCUUCCUGCAGGAGGGCGCCCCGCAUCGCACCCUGAACCUGUUGCUGGGCCUCGGGCUGGCCUCACUGCUCAGCGCAGGCGCCCGGCGUCUCCGUCGCCACGUCUGCCAGCUCUACGAGCUACACAGCAGCCAGCACUACUGUGGGGUCUGCCUGGGCCUGCUGGCCGGUGCUCGCAGCCUCCCCCGGCUGCUGGGCCGCGCCCUGGCUGUGACGUUUAUGGUGGGCAACCUGGCGGCCGUGGCCCUCAUCAACCGGGACUUCCUGACCACCUCGGAGGCCGUGCGCUUCUGGACGCCGCUCACUAUCUGCUACACCUUGCUGGUCAUCUACAUGCAGGAGGAGCAGCGGCAGCACCCCGGCCUGCAGGGCCAGGUCCAGACGGUGCUGGUACGCCUGGGCGGCCUCUUCGUGCUGCUGCUGACCGUGGGCCGCUGGCUGGACCUCCUGGGCAUCCUCAUCUCCCUGCUGGGCGAGCUCUGGUGCCUGGUGGGCGUCCGCACCCUGCUUGAUCUUUGCCAGAUACAGGACUUUCCGCCCCAGAGGCCUUCGGUAUCAGCUCCAAGCCGGCCCUCGGCACCUGCCCAGCCCCAGGGGACGGCCCCCUCCUAAUUGAUCUCAGCAAGGACUUGGAGUCUCUCAGGCCCCCCCAAGGCUCGCCUGGAGGCCCUGACCGCAGGAUGCAGAACGGCAGGGCUGUGCCCGACCUGGAGCACUGGGCCCCCUGGGAGGAAGGGGGGAUGGGGGGCUGGGGCCCUCAGAGGGUGGGGGCACCUAGAGGCUGUGGGUGGCCCUCUUUUUUCUGGGCGGGCAAUGGAGCCGGCCCCUCAGACCUGCCCUGCAGGGAGGUGGUGGGGGGGGGAGAAUUGUGUCCUCGGAAGGGCAUCCCCCUUGCCGGACCUUCCUUGCCCUUUCCACGAACAAUAAAAAUGAUUUUCUAGGAUUUCUCUUGGAAUCACAAACA